CUUCUGUUUGCUUUGUAGUAGUUCCUCAGUCAGUCGACGAUGAGGAGAUAAGGAGCUGUAUAAACCAGCCAGGCUUCCUUCAGAGCUAAGCAGCAGGUUGGACCUAGAGAGACAGAGCCUCUGGGAUUGGAACCGACCAACACCUCGACUCCUUGAUGAUGGCGAUGAUGAAGUUGGCUGUGCUUGUUCUCGUUUGUGCCGCUGUGGCUCAGACCAGAGCUGAUGCUCCUCAGGCCGCUUCCUCUAAGUCAGCCGAAGAUAAUGUGGUGUUGGAAAAGAAACGACUACAUUGCCGUCCUUUCUGGACUGUAAUGCGCGGCCGCCGCUUCCGUUACUUUUCAAGCCCCAAGACUUGGGCUGAAGCUGAGAAAUUCUGCCAGUCCAUUGGGGCCAACCUGGCCUCUGUUAGAAACCGCUUAGAGAACAGCAUACUACUGUCGCUGAUAAAGCAGAAACAAGGCUGCUACACACCAACUUGGAUCGGAGGCUCUGAUGCUCAGACGAAUGGUGUUUGGUUUUGGAGUGAUGGGAGCAAAUACCAGUACACCAACUGGUGUCCCAAAGAACCCAACAAUGGCCGUGGCCAACAGCACUGCUUGCAAAUGAGUUACACAAAGAAACGAUGCUGGGACGAUUUGGAGUGCAGGGAACGCAGACCCUUCAUCUGUGCCAUGAGCAGAUGGAGAAUUCCACGAUGGAGAAUUCCAGGGUGAAGACGCCUGUUAAACUUGACGGAUUCCUGCUUUUUUUCUCUCUACUUGUUUGGUUUGAUCAGUUCCACACCAGUUCUGAAACUCCAUCAAGUACUUCAGCUCUGUCGCUUCAGAGACAGAAGCAGCCACUCAAAAUGCUGCUGGAUGAUCUCUGCACUCUUCUGAAACAAUCUUAACAUUUAAGUCAAUCGAUCUCUCUUUCCUGGUAGUUUCUUUCUUUUCUUUUUGCAAAUUAAAAAGUUGGUGAAGACCA